AUGAACGCCUCGGAUCCUGAAAGCAGAUCUAUCACGAUAGACACAAAGGAUGCCUCCCAGAGCGUUGAUUUCGCUGAGAGGCUGCCCAUCGAGCUGAUUCACCAUAUCAUCGCCCAUCUUGACGAUCGUGUUGAAGACUACUAUUGUGGCAACUGCAGGCCCAUACCUUCCGGCCUUGCUGCUUGCUCACUAGUGUGCCGCGCGUGGAGUCACAUAUGUCGGGCUCGUAUCUUCCGCACAGUCUCUCUGAAGUACGGCGAGGAUGUAUCUCAUCGACGUUUGUCUUUCCUAUACUCGACAGCACCGCAUCUCUGCGAAAUCAUUCGUAAUCUCAGCAUAUGCUUAGGAGGAGGCCCCUCAACCUCCGAAGAUUGGAUUCCACAUUUCACUGGCCGCUUUACGAACCUCAGCGAACUGCGCCUUCACCCCGAGUUUAUCACAGGACCGAUCCUUGGCGUACUAUCCGACUUCGGUAUUAUGUCCCUUCUUCCAACCCUACGCCUGAAACGCCUUGCUUUAGACUCUUGGAGUGUCGAUGAAGCUGUGCUGGAUCUCAUUCCCAUCCUUUCUGCCUGCUCAAACACGCUUGAGAGUCUGUCGUUGGAAAUAUACGAAGUAUACCGGCAGGCAGAGGGCUCAGAUUCCGUUCUCCCGCCGUCUGUUUGCUUAAAUUCUCUCCGCAACCUCAAUAUGAUCUCAAGUGUCUGUACCCUACCUCCGACCAACCUUAUCAGAUGCCCGAAUCUUGAAUCCUUGACAGUUGGGUAUACUUACGGCGACUCUCCCUGGGAUAUUCCCUCGUGGAUUCCCGUUAGUUUAUCUGAGCUCAUCUUACACGGCGCUCCAACUCUAGACUUUCCUGACUUCGUCACGGCCAUACGACCGUCCAUUCUCAGGAUUACCAUAUCCGGCUACAGUCACCCUUUGUUCGAUAUCAUGACAUGGAUAGGCGGGUGCAUCGGUCAUCUGCCAGACGAGACUACCCUCCGGCAACUUGCUAUCGUCAUCAACGGUCGCUAUCCCAGCCACCGCUCUUUGUACCCCGAGGUCGCCGAUUACGCACCACUAUGCUCUGCAAUCCUACCGCUGUUCUCGCGCGGGGCUUUGGAAAAAAUCAGUCUAAAUAUCGACGUCUACCAAAAGGGCAUUGCGGGUACGAUUGCUGCUUCAAGAGCUGUCGGUGCCGUCGAAGAGGCGUUCGCUCCGAUAUUGGAGGAGGUAUCAGUCAACGAAUUUCAGUGCAUAACUUGUGACCAUGGGAAGAUAGAUGCACUACUUGUCAAAAAUAUGGUAGAGACUUUCCGGGACGAACACUUUGUAUGA